GUCACUCUACUCUUUUUCAAAAUGUCGCCGUCGUUUUGCUCCGGCCGUUUCUCCGUCGCUCUCUUCCUCGUAAUCUCCGCCGUUCCUAUGGCUUACCUCUUUUUCCUAGAGCAAGCCGUUCCUCCGACGCACGUCUUCUCUUACCACAGCUCCGGCUUCUUGCGCGAGUGCGCUAAGUGGGACGAUGUUGGUCGGAGAUUCCUCGUCUCCUUCAUGGACGGAGGCGGAAUCGGCGAGGUUGUUCCCAGAGAUUCCGACGGAGACAGCGACGUUCUUGAGGAAGUCACAUUGGUCAAAGACGUUGACCUUGCCGGAAACGCUUCCCUCGGAAUCGCUAUCGACCGCGACAGGAACCGUCUCCUCGUCGCUGUCGCCGAUUUGCUUGGAAAUCGGUAUAGCGCUCUAGCGGCCUAUGAAAUGUCCACGUGGCGUCGUAUCUUCCUCGCUGAGCUUAGCGGCCAUAGUAAAGAGAAAUCUUUUGCAGACGAUGUAGCAGUUGAUGCACAAGGCAACGCUUAUGUAACCGAUGCAAAAGGCAGUAAAAUCUGGAAAGUUGAUGUGAAUGGAAAGCUUGUGUCCACCAUUGAAAGCCCUCUCUUCACUCCACCUGGAUGGUACAAUAACUUGGUCGCUCUUAACGGCAUUGUUUAUCACCCUGAUGGGUUCCUUAUCGCCAUCCACACUUUCUCCGGUUUCUUAUACAAAAUCGACCUCACCAAUGGGGAUAAUAAGGUCACCGUAAUUGAAGUUACUGGUGGCACAUUGAGGUUUGGUGAUGGGCUUGAGUUGUUGUCUCCGACCAAGAUUGUUGUUGCAGGUAAUCCUUCUGCGAAGUUGGUCAAGAGCUCGGACGGGUGGCGGACGGCUUCUGUGAUAGGUUGGUCCAGAAGCGGUAUGGUUCAUCGGUUAGUCUCGUCGGCUACUGUGAAGGAAGGAAAAGUCUAUCUAAACCACAUUGUUGGGUUUGGGUCUAAGAAGAGACACAUACUUGUAGAAGCUGUGUUUUAGACUUCUUUUUAGUGUAAUCUCUUCUUAAUUUGUGCUUAUGGUCGGUCUCAUUUAUAAUUCUAUCAUGUAAAGCUCGUCUUUAUCAAAUUUCUUCUUAAUCUAUUAGAUAAAACAUUGAUUAGAAGAUCUUAA